CGUUGUCAGCACCUGGGAUGGAAACAAUUUCAAUAAUUCCUCUUCGAUCUCAUAUAAAACCAACAUAUAAAUAGAUGUAUAUAGUAGGGGAGUAUAAUACACAGCAGUAUGGAUAUAAGAGUGUCUGGUUCACAAACCGUUUACAAUGACAAAGCAGCAGCCAGAGUUGUGGGGGCACGGUUGCGAAAUUUACUCAAACUUCCCAAAGCCCACAAGAUGUGUAUAUUUGAGUGGUUUUAUUCUCAUUUGGACACUGCUCUUCUAAAAGGAGAUAAUGAUUUUUGCAUGUGCUUGAAAGAGUCAUUUCCGGGACUUAAAACAAGAAAUUUAACAAGAGCUCAUUGGUGCAAAAUAAGAAGAUUGAUGGGGAAACCAAGAAGAUGUUCGGCGGCUUUCUUUGAAGAAGAGCGAGCUGCAUUAAACAACAAAAGAGAUAGAAUACGGCAACUGCAGCAAAGUAAAAUUGGAAGGGAAAACACGGACGCAUGGUGUGAUUUGCCCCGUGAGGUUCCAAUGCCACUGGUGGUCGGUACCAAUGUUACCGGGCACCUCCAUGGAAGCCACGAUGGUUUGUUCACCGGCCAAAUUGAUGCUGUUGAUAUUUUAAAUUCUUCCUAUAGAGUCAUCUUUGAUCGUCAGAAUAUUGGAAUACGAACUGUGCGGGAUAUUGAUGUAUCUAGCUCUGAACCGCAAGAAACAAUCAAUUUGCUCUCUUUGAUGGAAAACAAACGGCAUAUACCAAGAUCAUCGUCUAAGUUCUCGAUGAUGCAUCUUGAUCCAGAUAGCACUCUACAAAGCCCUUCCAGUGAACAUGAUCCUAUUUUAGGUCGUUCUCCAUUGAGAAGCAAGUUACUUGGGUCUUUAAAUGAAAAUGGUGGAACUAUAGGAGGAUUUCCUGUGCAGCUUCUAAAGAGUAUUGCCCGACUUUCAAAAAUCCUUACAAUCAAACGAGAUAAAAUUCAUAAGCUUGGUGAAAUGAAUUCUCAAGCAGAAAAAGCGAAUUCUUAUGGGGAAGCACUAUCGCUAGAAUUUCAAAGAAAGUAUGCAACAAUUGUUCUUGACUUGGAAAGAAUUAACAAAGAUUUAAAUGAACUUUUGGUGAGUGUGCAAAAGUUUUGCAGUGAACUGUAUCCAGAACAAAGCUCACCGAAUGAUCAGGUUGCUCAGAUUCGCCAAUUGUGCUUGACCAGAGCUGAAGAAAUGGUGCGUACAAAGAAUGUUGGUGAUGAUGUUGCUGCUGGUUCAAAACGAGCGAUUAAAAACCAUGCUAUGACAGACCUUAUCACGCAUCUUACUGCCUUAAUGAUGCAAGUAAAAUACUUUAAGGAAAACAUUGGAAACUCGAUUGAAUACAAGUCGCUUAUUGAUGCUUUGAAAGAAAUAAAGUUAAAGAUUUCAUCUGAAAAUUUGGACAGUUUUCGUAACAAUGUUGAAAUUCAUAUUGUGCAUGUCAAAAGUGGAAUGGACCAAAGUGAGCUUGGGACACCAAGUUUUAGUUAAUACAUAAAACUCUUGAUUGCGAUGUUUUUCUUACUUUGUUAGUUAUAGGAAAAAAUGAAUUAAUAUAGCUGGUGUUUCAUCUCUGAUUUGUCGAAAAAUAAAGUUAAACAUUAUCAGUUUGUUGUGAAAAGUAAUGUAACAAAUCUGCAGUUACACUAAGACUAAUGAGUCAUUUUUUGAUGUACCCCAAUAUUGGGGAUCCUGCUUUAUCGCUUUUGCAUAUUGUGUUCUCAUUCACAGUUUAACAUAUAUUACUAGCAGAUGAAAGAAUAUAUUGUACAUUAGAAUGGCUUAUAUUUUUUAUUUGUGGUUUGAGUCUAACCUGUUCUACUGUGAACCUGCUCUUAAUAAUUGAAACCCAAUUACAAUUACCAAUGUAUAAUAGACAAAUUUGAAAAUCCUAAAUUUAAAUACA